GAGGCCAGGAGUUCAUCUUGUCUGGUCUCUACUCUUCACCUCCAGCACUGGAGAUGGGGAACCAGACCCUGAAGGUUCAGAUCAACUGCAUUCCCCGUUGGACCACUUUGGAGGUGACUCUUGAGCGUUCCUUACACGGCCGACUGGACAGUGUUUUACUGGGCUGGACCAGGCAUGGUCGAGUGGAGCAGGUCAGAGCUCUGAGCUGGUGGAGUCGGUCAGACGAGAUGAAUGAGACCAAACUGGAGCUGAAACAGCCGUUCUCCUCCGCACUCAGCCGGAUGUCCCUUCACACGCUGUCACACAGCUCGCAGAGGGAGCGACGCAGCAGCCACCAAACCUCGCUGUCAUGGGGCAGCUCAGUUCCUGUCAAUAUCACUGUCACCCUGAACAAGCAGUGGCAGAACAACUCCAGCAGGGGGCAGAUAUGUGCUCUGUUCUCGUCACAGAUGGUGUCUUUGGUUAAAGGUUGUGUAUCAGUGGGUCAGGAGGGAAACUCGUAUUCACAGAAUGCAGAGCUAAGAUGGGACAACAGGAGUGUGAAGCAAAGCAUGAAGUACCAGAGGGGUCCACGAGGAAUGCACAGUCUUCAGGUGAAUGUUGGCCUGGACAGAGUGUCUCCUGCACCCUGUCCGUCACACACACUGCUGACCAAGAUUCAGACCAACCUCAGGGAUCGCUUGGAGCACACGGUGCUGCUGGGCCUCUGCCCCCCACAGCCUACUCUGUCAUGGUCAGGUUCCCACAGAGUGAACUCAGGAGAGGAGCUGUUUUACACACAGUCUCGGCUCUCGGUGACAGGCCGGCCCUUCCAGUGCAGCCUCACAUUCGCCUUGACCAACUCCUUGACUGCUCAGAGCUCCAACAUGUCUGUGUUCUCUGAGUCUAGGAUUGGUAAUUGGAGUGUUGAGGUCGGUGGAAGUGCCCUGUCUUGGCCCGGGAGGUCUGGUGUCCAGGUGCAGGCCAGACUGGACGGCAGAGAGAAGAUCUGGCUGAACGGGACGGCAGAGGGACGAUGUCUUCAGACCACAGCAGGUUACAUGAACGGUCCAGGUCUGAAUGAGGAUGUCACUGUGGUGGCAUGUGUUGGACGAAAUCUCAGUUUGAUGCUGGACGUACAGAAAAGAGGCGGCGGCAGCAAACCUCAAACUCUGGGCAGCGCGUCUGCAUCAGCCAAUCAGAGGCUGAUGCUUCGAGCAAGCGGCUGUUUGGAAAGUCUAACCGCAUUGGAGGCACGGCUUCAAUACCUGAGCUCUCAGAUACAGAAUAAGUUGCUGAAGAGAAUCAAGACAUUACAGCAUCUCGUUGUUGAAUUCAGGCGGCAGUCCAGGGCCAGUGAGUGGCUCCAGGAGCUGAGCGCCGUGCCCCUCCAUGUGUCCCAGCUAGCAGAGACUCUGCUGGAGCACAGAGGCAGAGGUUUGUUGGCUCUGUGGCAGAACAGCCCGCAGCGCCGCAUCCUGACUGACAGCCUGCCUCGCUUUCUUGGUCUGCUGCAGCACGCCUCUCUGCUGGGACAACUGGAACUGAGGAGGCCCCUGGCCACUCUGGCAGGCGUGUACCAAGAUGUGAAGGGCCAGAGGUUGGAGGUGUUGUGGAGGGAGCUGGUUUCGGCGUGGACUGACGGCCUGGUGCAGGUCCUACCUCUGCUGUUGGAGAACCAUCAGCUGAGUUCGCUGGCUCAGGCCAGUGUCGUCACGCUCAGUGUCGCCCUGGACGUGGCAGGAGAGCAUACCUACCACUGGGUGGACACCAGGCUGGCAACGGCUCUGUCUGGAGUCAGGAAACGACUGGCCUCUGUCUACAAGUUCUCCCCCAGUGAGUGUUCGGUGGUUGCGUCGGUGCCGCUGCCACCGCUACCCCGGUCCAGGGUGUCCGAGGCUGGACUGGUUGAGACCCUUCUGGAGGAGUGGCUCCUGAGGCCCCUGCAGACCCUCGCCUUCGUCAGGCCCACAGCUGAACUUUACCGCCUCAAAAGGAAGAUCAUGGACAGCCCAUUUAAACACCAAGCUUUGUUGGUGGCAGAUCAGUUUGUGGUGACAUUUGACGGUCACCUGUACGAGCUCCCGGGCUCCUGCCCACUGCUCCUCGCUCAGGACGUCAGCGCUGAGCCUUCGUUCACGCUGCUGCGAACUUCAGACCCGCAUAACUUCCUUCUGAUAGGAAUGAACAACAGCACCAUCAACAUCCAGCACAAUGGACAGGUGACGACCAACUGCAACAACGCUGUCACGCACGCAUCUCUCGGUGACGACGGGUUGUCUGUCAGAAGAGGGUCAAACGUUGUGCAGGUGUCCAAUCAUAAUGGAGCGACGGUGUCAUGUGACCUGUCGCUUGAGGUGUGCAGCUUCACUCUCGAUGGAUGGUUGCAUGGCACGUCCAUUGGUCUGUUGGGGACGAAUGACAAUGAAGCAGGGAAUGAUUUUCUUUUGCCUGAUGGGUUUCCGGCUGAAAACAUGCAGGGAUUUUUGUACGGUUGGCAGAUGAAACCGGAUUGUGUGAAACCUCGAGGUGUAAUAGAGCACAUUUCUAAAGCAGCUAGAAGCCCUGUGAGCUGUGACUCCCUGUUCUCCUCUCCCGAAUCUCCCCUCAGUUCCUGUUUCAGGGUGGUGGAUCCUGGACGGUUCUUGUCUGUGUGUGAGUUAAGCUCCUCCAGAGCACCCUGUAGAUUAGCAUCUGCUUUUGUUCAUCUCUGCCAGCAGAACUACAUACCUCUGGAGGUCCCUGUGCGGUGCUUGAAAAAAUGACGGGAGGACGAGCUGAUGAAGAGUAAAGAUGGCUGAUUCAUGAACUCAUCUGCCAAAGCGUAGCUGCUAAAACAUACAAAUUAGACUUGUAUACCACUGUUUUUGCUACAAUACUUAUAUACGUAUAUUUUGUAUUACAUUUUGUACACUAUUGUGUAGUUGCAAAUUAUUAUUAUACCUCAUGUCCUUUUUCUCAUGCAGAUAUUGUGCCAGUAAUGUGAACGUGAACAUACUAACUAUAGCAAGUCUUAUAUUAUUAAUUACGAGGCCUCAUUGUUGUAUUUUCUGAAGGGUCUGGAAUAAAAAAACUGCAAAUAUU